AUGGAGUUUCGGGACGCGGCGAGCGGCAAUACGGCGGCACUGCGGGAAUGGCUGCGGCAGCAUCCGGAGCGUGUGAACGUCCCCAGUUCCGGCUCGCAGUACACGCUGCUGAGUACAGCUGUCAAGUGCGGCCACCUCGAGACGGUGCAGAUGCUCGUUGGCGAGUUCAACGCCGACUUGGGGAUUCCCUGCGGGGGCAUGGGCAACACCUGCGUGCACACCGCCGCCUCCAACUGUUCGCCGGAGCUCCUGUCGUACCUCCUCUCCCGCCACCCCCCACUGAAGCCAAACGCGUUCAUGGAGUACCCUCGCGACCUGGCGGAGGCGGCGACUGCGGACAGGGCGAGCAAGGAGGAGUGCCUUGCCAUGCUACGCGCCUACGAGGAGGCCGCCGGCCAGUCGCUGCCGCGGAGGCUGCCGCCGCGGCCGCCGCAGUCGUCUACCCCUGUUUCUGUGCCGACACCGUCGUCGGUGCGCGACGCAAUUCGCGCGUUGAAGGUCGACAGCGACGGGGACUGCGAAGCCAGCCCUCGAACGUCGUGGCCGCGCUCCACACUCGCAGGCAGCGAAGUCUCCGGGAUGAGUGGCAUGGUCAAGGCGAGGCGCGACGGCUCGCGGAACACGCGCAACCUCGGGGCGCGGUCGUCGCUUCCGUUGGACCUUCAGGCCUUCCGGCGCCUGUACGGGAACGGCUUUGAUUUUACAGAAAGCACCCACGCGUACAUUAUACGCGGACUGCUGCCGUACACCUACAAGGGCAGUGUGUACGACACCCCUGUCAUCAUCAUUCUCUGCAAGCCCACCGCCGCCGCGGGGUCCCAGCAGGGCUCGCACAGUGGCCGUGCCGCAGGCAGGCCGCUGCCGCCGCCGCUGCUGCCGCCGCCGCCGCCCGCGGCCCGAUACCGGGCCCUCAUUGACCGUAAGCGACUCGGGGGCCUCUUCUUCAAUCGCCGCGCCACGUACAUUGACCCGGCCACCGCCGCCAUCAUCCCCAGUGAGGCGGAUGCGUUAUAUCACAAUCUGCUAGACUUUCUGCGGUGCGCCGUCCUGGACAACUUUGAGCGCAUCCCGCCGCUACUCUCGUCCAGCAAUGAGGAAAAAAUUGUCCCGGAAGGCCUCCCGCUCUUCCGCCUGCGCUCAAAGAGGCGGGAGGUCACGCUGCGUAUUCUGCGCGACCUGUCCUUAUUCUGCGACGGGGCCUUGACGUACGACAGCGCCACUCUUCGGGUGGAGGGGUUUCUGCCGCUGUUUAUCCUCACUUCAUUCCCGUCAAGAGGCGUCGCGGCAACCGCCGCCUCCGCCCCGCACCUUGACAGCCACAGCACGCGAGCGAGCCGCAACGGGCCUGAGGACGCGGCGCUGCCAGCCGAGCUUAUUAUGCGGCUGCCGCUUCGUGCCCAGUUUGAGGCAGACAGCAGCUUUGAGGACCCUCCGCGUGUGUACCUGACAAACGCCACCACCAACACCCCUGAAACACGGAGGAACUACAGGUUUCUCUCGCAAAUUAUCAUUGACAGCGGAAGCGGGGAGGUCCACCGUUGCAUGCUCAGCACACUAAGGAGCUGGAGGCAGCACGGUUCCCUCCUCGCCGUGCUGACGGAGCUGCAGCAGACUGCCACGCUACUUCUGACGGAGUAUUGUAGGGCAUCGCCGCUUUCGCGUGUGAGGGGCGGCGGGGGCGAGGUCGCCGUGGCGCGGAAAGUCGAACCUUUCAGUGCUGGAGCUUCUGCGACCCCCAUGCAGCGGCAGGCUCUGUUCGUGGACCCGGUGGAGCUGGAGCGGGACACGGGGUUUCUCCUGGUCGGCCGCCCAGUGACGGGAGCCGCGCGGAGCGCGACCUCCGACGACAACAACAACAGCAACGCCGACGCCUGGGUGUUAGUCUCCCACGCCGACGAUACGGACCUCACCGGCAGGUGCGUGAUCUGUGCGGAGGCGGAGCGGAAUGUCGUGCUGCUGCCGUGCCGCCACUUGGUGCUCUGUAGUGCAUGCAGUCUUCGCUACAAGGACCGUCUGGCAGAUGCGAUGCUGUGCCCCGUCUGCCGCACCCCCAUUGAAACCACGUUGGAAGUCUUCUUGUAA